UCUCAGGCUAUAUAAAAACAGCCACGGACUAAAUGUCUAUUACAUUCAGACAUACCAUCCAACGAAUAGCAUACAUAUAAUCAAAAUGUAUCGCUUCUUUCUGGCUUUGUUCGUCAUCAUGGCAACCUAUUUUGUUUUAACCCAGGCGAGCUGCCCAGCUAACGAGGAGUGGAAUGACUGCGGUACUGCCUGUCCGCUGACUUGCGAGAAUCCCAAUCCUAGAAUUUGCACAUUGCAAUGCGUUGCAGGCUGUGAGUGUGCACAAGGAUAUGUUAGAAACGAGUGGCAAAAAUGUGUUGAACCGGAUGAUUGUUAAUGAGACAAAAAAGAUUAAUUUCUCUGGAGACGACGUAAAAGAAGGACUAUUACUCUGACUAUUAUUGAAUUAUUUUCACAAAAAUUCCCUUUCAUUGAAUAGAAGUCUAUCUAAUAUUCUAUUUCAUAUAUGCAGAUAUCAAAUAAAACAGAUUAAUCUAUAUGCAAA